UUUUGCUUCCAUUUACCUUAACUUCUCUUUCUCAGAGGCUUACUAAACUAUAUAUCAAUAUCAAUCCAAACACGGCCCUAGGGUUUUCUCCACCUCACCCCCUCAAAAACCCUAGCUCAAACCCGCACCACUGGCACACGUAAUCAUAAAAGAUCUCUUAAAUCACCAUCAGGUAAGCUACUUCUGAUAACCCUUUAAAGAAAAAGGCUCAGACUUCGGUAUUGGGCUCUCUUUAGAACUGCCAGAAUCCUAAAAAGGCAAUCAAAUUCUGCUGGGUUUUGAUUCUUGAGCCGUUUUUAAUCAUGGAUGAUGUUGAAAAAGCGAUACUUAUAAGUUUUGAAGAAUCGGGCGCUAUAGAUUCAGCUCUAAAAUCACAAGCACUCUCUUUCUGUCAGCAAAUUAAGGAAACCCCAACUGCAUGCCGCAUUUGCAUUGAGAAGUUAUGUUUUUGCAACCUUGUUCAGGUUCAAUUUUGGUGUUUGCAGACUUUACAUGAGGUUAUUAGGGUUAAAUAUGCUAUGUUGAGCUUACAAGAGAAGGAUUUCAUUAGGAAAUCAGUGUUUUCUAUGUGUUGUUUUGAGGUUAUUGAUGAUAAGAAUAACAAUGCUGUUAGGAUUUUAGAGGGUGCCCCUGCAUUUAUAAAGAACAAGCUUGCGCUGGUUUUUGUCACUUUGGUUUAUUUUGAUUACCCUUUAAUUUGGUCUUCGGUGUUUGUUGAUUUUUUGCCUCAUUUGAGGAAAGGGGCGGUGGUUAUUGAUAUGUUCUGUAGGAUUUUGAAUGCUUUGGAUGAUGAAUUGAUCAGUUUAGAUUACCCACGGACACCUGAGGAGAUGGGGGUUGCGGGGCGGGUUAAGGAUGCUAUAAGGCAGCAAUGCAUAGCGCAGAUAGUGAAUGUUUGGUAUGAAAUUGUUUCUAUGUAUCGGAAUUCUGAUCUGGACCUUUGCUCUAGCGUGUUAGAAUCAAUGAGGAGGUAUAUUUCAUGGAUUGAUAUUGGGUUGAUUGUGAAUGAUGCAUUCAUUCCAUUAUUGUUUCAGCUGAUUUUAGUUAGCGGGGGAUCUGAGCAGCUUCAGGGUGCUGCUGCAGGGUGCAUUUUGGCAGUGGUUUCCAAGCGGAUGGAUCAUCAAUCAAAGUUAGCAAUAUUGCAGAAUCUUCAGAUAAAUAGGGUUUUUGGGUUGGUAACUGGAGAUAUUGACUCAGAGUUGGUGUCAAAAGUAGCUGCAUUGAUUACAGGGUAUGCCGUUGAGGCUCUGGAGUGUUAUAAACGGGUGAACACGGAGGAUGCUAAGGGUGUUUCUCUGGAGCUUUUGAAUGAAGUUUUACCAUCUGUUUUUUAUGUAAUGCAGAACUGUGAGGUGGACACCACAUUUAGUAUUGUGCAGUUUCUCUCUUGUUAUGUUGCCACUAUGAAGAGCCUUUCUCCAUUGAGAGAGAAACAACUGCAUCAUGUGGGGAAGAUGUUGGAAGUUAUUUGUGCACAAAUUCGUUAUGAUCCUAUCUACCGUGAUAAUCUUGAUAUGCUGGAUAAGAUUGGGAGAGAGGAAGAAGAAAAGAUGGUGGAAUUUAGAAAGGACCUAUUUGUGUUGUUACGUAGUGUGGCUCGUGUGGCACCGGAUGUUACUCAAAUGUUUAUCAGAAACUCUUUAGUCAGUUGUAUCUCAUCUGUGUCAGAAAGAAAUGUUGAAGAGGUAGAAGCUUCUCUUUCUCUUUUGUAUGCACUUGGAGAGUCAUUAAGUGAUGAAGCCAUAAAAACUGGAAGCGGACUGUUGAGCGAAUUGGUGCCAACCCUCAUUUCGACUAGGUUUCAGUGCCAUUUUAAUAGGUUAGUUGCACUUGUGUAUUUAGAGACUAUAACUAGAUAUAUCAAGUUUGUCCAGGAGCAUACCGAGUGUGUCCCCAUGGUUUUGACUGCAUUUCUGGAUGAGAGAGGAAUUCACCACCCAAACUUCCAUGUGAGGCGUAGAGCUAGUUAUCUGUUCAUGAGGGUUGUGAAAUUGCUAAAAGCAAAGCUCGUUCCUUUCAUAGAGUCAAUUUUGCAGAGCCUCCAAGAUACAGUAACUCGGUUUACAUCUCUGAAUCAUACAUCAAAUGAUUUUUCAGGAUCUGAAGAUGGUAGCCACAUCUUUGAGGCAAUUGGUCUCUUAAUUGGGAUGGAAGAAGUACCAUCUGAAAAGCAAUCUGAUUAUCUAUCUUCACUGCUCACUCCUCUUUGCCACCAGGUGGAAACAUUACUCAUAAAUGCCAAUGCACUGAGUCCGGAAGAGUCUCCAGUGAAAAUUGCUAAUAUUCAGCAAGUAAUCAUGGCAAUUAAUGCACUCAGCAAGGGUUUUAGUGAGCGUCUGGUAACCACGAGUCGCCCUGCAAUAGGUGCCAUGUUUAAGAAGACAUUGGAUGUUCUCCUCCAAAUACUUGUUGUUUUUCCAAAGAUACAGCCUUUACGGAACAAGGUUACGUCCUUCAUUCAUCGUAUGGUAGAUACUUUAGGUGCAUCUGUAUUUCCAUUCCUUCCCAAGGCAUUGGGACAAUUGCUUGCAGAAAGUGAGCCAAAGGAAAUGGCUGGUUUUCUUGUUCUACUCAAUCAGCUUAUAUGCAAAUUCAGCACCUCAGUGCAUGACAUAGUGGAGGAAGUUUUUCCUGCUAUUGCUGGUAGAAUAUUUAGUCUUAUCCCAACUGAACCAUUUCCUUUAGGACAUGGAACCAAUUCUGAGGAAAUUCGUGAAUUACAAGAACUCCAAAAAACAUUGUACACGUUUCUUCAUGUGAUAGCUACACAUGAUCUAUCUUCAGUCUUCCUUUCACCUAGGAGUAGAGACUACUUGGAUAAGAUGAUGCAGUUGCUACUUCAGUCAGCUUGCCAUCACGAGGAUAUUCUUGUGAGGAAGGCAUGUGUGCAGAUAUUCAUUAGAUUAAUUAAAGACUGGUGUACAAGACCUGAUGUUGAAGCAAAGGUACCUGGUUUCCGAAGCUUUAUAAUCGAUGGCUUUGCUAAGAACUGUUGUUUUUACAGCGCACUUGACAAAUCCUUUGAGUUUCAUGAUGCAAACACUCUCAUUCUGUUUGGAGAAAUUGUACUUGCUCAGAAGGUUAUGUACGAGAAGUUUGGUGAUGGUUUUCUUAUUCAUUUUGUAACAAACUGCUUUACUACUGCACAUUGCCCUCAAGAUUUAGCUGCACAAUAUUGCCAGAAGUUGCAGGGUAAUGAUAUGAAGGCAUUGAGAUCAUUCUACCAGUCAGUCAUUGAGAAUAUACGACUGCGACAGCAACAGAAUGGAAACCUUGUUUUCAGAUAGCAAGAAUUAGUACGAUUUUUAUGGAAACCAAAAGUCGUUUUGCCCAAUUGUUCUGUGAUAUAUAUUUUUUGCAACAAUCCAAUUCCGUUUCAGUGCAGGUUCUUCAUGUAAAUAGAACGUAGAGUUUAUUGCAUGGACAACGAGUUGUAUAUUUCCGGCAACAGUUUCUUUAUCUUGAAUAAGCUGGUUUGGAAGAGCAGCUUAUUUUUUUUGGGUGGAUGUAUGUAGUCAAAAGUUAGCUGUCUAGGUAUUUAAAAGAAAUGGCUAGAGUUUUUGAAGGGCCAUAUUUAGCAGUGGGGGGAAAUGAAAAGAAAUUUUGUUUGGGAUUAUGCCGUGUUUUGUUAUUUAUUUCGUUCUCAUUUAUUCCAAUCGAGUGCCUGUGAUGCUCUUUCCGCAUUGGGGAGAAGAGUAGCAGAAUUUUCGUUUGUUUAGAAUUUUGGGAAUCAGAAAAUAAAACGUUUGCUUAUAAAUUACUG